GAGCCCUUCAACGCGAUGUGGCAUACUCAGAUUGUAAGAUGACUAACUCCAGUUACCCUCUUCUACAUUCUGUUUCAUGAGAAACUACAAGUCGAGCUACCCACAACACACCGCUGACGAUCACUGCGCAGCUGACGGUGCAGAAUCUGAACAUGGCAUCAGGAAUCUGUAUGAUGAAUGAUUAAGGCAAGCCUGUAACUGGACGCCAGGUGGUCUGUGAUUGGCUGAGUCGAGGCCCCCUCUCCCCCGUCUUCUUUUUCUGGUGCAUAUGCAUGAGAUAGCAGGCUGGUGUGUGCCUGUGCAGCUGCCUGUUCCAGACAGGAAAAGAGAGGGAGAGAAACAGGAGCGAGACAUUGGGGAAGGUUAGAGGAAGAGGAAUAGAGAAAGGAAAUCGGGUGAGGAGACAGAGGGCGACUGUGAUUGGGGGGUUGUAGCCAUGUCUAUGUUCUGUUUGUCUGGCUGGCUAUGAGAUCAGGCAGCUAUGGCCAUGUCACUGAGCGCCGACGAUGAGGAUUACGACUCGGACACAGCCGAACAGCAACGGCUACCGAACAGACCCAAGCCUAAAAUGGCUGCAUCAACAGCUACAACUCCGGCAGCAACCACUUCUUCAUCCACUGCUACAGCGGUCAAGCUGCCAUCCAAUCGAACCUCCUCUGGAGCUCGCCGCAGGCGCACACGAUGCCGGAAGUGCGAGGCAUGUGUGCGGACGGAAUGUGGAGAGUGUCACUUCUGUAAGGACAUGAAGAAGUUUGGAGGACCUGGUCGAAUGAAGCAGUCUUGCAUUAUGAGACAAUGUAUAGCGCCUGUGUUGCCGCACACAGCAGUAUGUGUGGUGUGUGGUGAAGCCGGUAAAGAAGACACACUUGAUGAUGAAGAUGAAAAAUUUAACGCCAUGCUCAUGGAGUGCUCCAUCUGCAAUGAGAUUGUCCACCCAAACUGCCUCAAGGUGAAGGAUGCAGCUGGGGUAGUAAAUGAUGAGCUUCCUAACUGCUGGGAAUGUCCAAAAUGCAAUUACGCUGGGAAAACUGGAAAAGCCUGCAAGCAAAAACGGGGCCCAGGCUUUAAGUACGCAUCCAACCUGCCAGGGUCCCUGCUGAGGGAGCAAAAAGCAGGACGUGACGGUAGAGAGGAAGGGGACCAGACAUCAACAGGUGCAGCAUCCAUCAAGAGGAAGAGUGAGAGGGAGGAAACUCCCAGACUGAAGACUGAGGAUCUACCCUCGCGUCUACCCCCACUCUUGACCCCCAGUGGCCUGCCAAGACCACGAUCCGAAGUGCCCAACUUCUUGAGGAAGAAGAGGAAGUUAUUUGACGAUGAUGAAGAGGAAGAGGAGGCUAGUGCUAAAAAGAAGCCGAAGAAACCCUGGAGGCCUGAAGAGCCUUUGAUUCCCAAACUCUCUCACAUGAAAACAGAAGAGGAAGAAGACAACUCUGAUGAGGAAGAAGAGAGGCAGGAGAAGCGAGAACCGCCUCGCCGUUCAUUUAAGAAAGACUACAGCACAGUGAGAAAAGAGGAAGAGCGUGAAGAAGAGAGACGGGAGGAGAGAGAUUCGCCUUUCAGAUCCCUAAAGGAGUUUAACACCCUAAGGAAAGAAGACGAUCAAGAAGAAGAAAAAGAGGAAGACGAUGAAGAAGAGGAUGAGGAGAGUAAUGGCAAACGAGGCAGGGACAGCAGCCCUGCACUGAAGAACCAUUCUUUAUCGCUUGAAAGUGACGCAUCACGGUGCAGCUCCCCAAGGGCAGGGCCGAGCAGCGAAGGCAGUGAGACGCAAGAAAAGGCACCACGCGCUCGGGCGAGGCGACACCGCCGCAAGCCCCCUAACCGCCAGCUCAGUGCAGAACUCAGCAAGCAGCUUAACAUGGAGAUCCGUCGCACAGAGCAUUCACUAGCCAAUGAGAACCAGCAACCACUCAAGAGCGAACCAGAGGACAGCGAGAACGAGGAACCAAAGAGAGGCUUACGGAACGGGACUACAGGGAAUGGAGGAGGAGGUGGUGGAGGAGUAGAAAGGGGAGCAGGCGGAGAGGGAGGAGGGGAGCGGCCACACUUACGAGCAAGGGAGAUGAAUGGGACGUCUUGGGAGCUGCGGCACUUCUACCCUCCUCAGAUCACCCCACUUGGUUUGAACCGCAGUUCACCCACAGUCAGACCACUUCCUGCACGUUCCCCUCCCAAGUGUGUUCAGAUGGAGCGGCAUGUGAUCCGGCCACCUCCAAUUUGCCCUCCACCUGAUAGGCUACCACUAGCUGAUGGGCGCAAUCACAUAGCUCCCAGAGAAGCAUGGUUGGCUAUCUUCGGUCACUUGAGCCAUCGUGAACUUUGUGUGUGCAUGCGCGUGUGCCGGACAUGGAAUCGCUGGUGUUGUGACAAGAGAUUAUGGACUCAUAUCGAUUUAAAGCGUUGUAAGUCCAUCACCCCACUCAUGCUGAGUGGAAUAAUUCGCAGACAGCCCAUCACUUUGGACUUGAGUUGGACCAACAUCUCCAAGAAGCAAUUAAGCUGGCUUAUAAACCGAUUACCAGGACUGAGGGUGCUCCUACUAUCGGGUUGUUCAUGGGUGGCCGUUUCGGCUCUCUGCACAUCCAGCUGUCCUCUACUGCGUACUCUAGAUCUGCAGUGGGUGGAGGGGCUCAAAGACCCCCAAAUGAGGGACCUACUUUCCCCUCCGACUGACAACAGACCAGGUCAGAUGGACACACGCAGCAAACUACGAAAUGUUACUGACCUGCGUCUGGCUGGUUUGGACAUCACGGACAGUUCUCUGCGUCUCAUAAUUAAAAAUAUGCCUCUACUCUCCCGUCUGGACUUGAGUUACUGCAACCAUAUCAAUGACCAGUCAGUAAACCUGCUGACUGCUGCAGGGACCACCACUAGAGACUCCCUAACCGAUGUCAACCUUUCUGUGUGCAACAGGGUCACUGAUCAGUCACUGAGUUACUUCAAACGCUGCGGAAGCAUCUGCCGCAUUGACCUGCGAUUUUGCAAGCAGGUGAGCCGACAGGCAUGUGAGCGCUUCAUUGCUGAGAUGUCCGUCAUCGUUCCCUUCAAACUGCAAGAGGAUAAACUGCUCCAAAAACUACACAGCACCCCCUAGUGUCUGGGAGGAAGUGAACACCAGUCUAAAAUGAUACCAUGUAUCAGGUGCACUCAUGUGUUCGGACUUAAACUGGAUUCGCACAUUUAAAAAAAAAAAAAGCACUGCAACACGUAUGUGGACAAAGCGUUUUGUCAGACAUAGAGCAGACACAUUGUACUUAAAGGCACAUAAUUCUGCUCCUAUUCUGAAUGGUGUAUCCUGAUGAUGGACUUUAUUCUUCAAAUUCUGUUAAUCUUUAAGAGGAGAUUUAUAUGUGUUAUUACCAGGAGAUUGUAUUUAAAUUGUUGUGUAGUAGAAAGCAGAGGAAGCAAUGGGUAUAUAAACACACAACAUUCACAAAAUGCUCACUGGAUACCCAGACAGCAACAUAGUGUCAGCCCAGAUCCGGCCCAAUCUGGUCCGCGUGUGAUCCACGUGUACAAGAUCUGGGCCACACUAUGUUGCUGUCUGGAACAACACUUAAUUCAUGAGAGAGUAAGCAUGAGUGUACAUUAUUCAAAACCCUUCAAACAGUUUUUUGUAUAAAAGAUGUAUCAGUUCAGAUUUCUGUGCUGUUUGGUUCAGUCCUGGAUAUAUGUAUUGUUCUUUUUGUUUUUUAAUAUAAUGGAAUUUUUAAAUAUCUCUGUCCAUUUUAUGUCAUCAGUAUUGGAAUUUUCCAGUCUGAUCAGCAUUUUUCAGUCACAAGUUUUGACUGCUUUGAAUUUCAAGUACUUGCUGUUCUAAUCUCAAACAGGUAUUGAAGUGAAAUUUGUUAUUAUGAGGUCUAUUUAUAAACCAGUGCCAUAUUCCAUCUGUGUUGUUUUACACAGUUGUAACAGGCAAGUCAGUAGCCUGUAUUUCAUAGCUAUGCCUGUGUAGAGUGCAGUUCUACAAGUGUUAGACAAAACAAAUUGCUGAUUAUUUAAUCUUGUUAGCUCAGUAAUUUGUUUUGUUCAACACUAUCAAGUAGUUCUGCAUUUUAUCCAUGAGGUCAAACAGCACUUUGGUGAACGUCCAUGCAGUAUUUGUCUAUGAAAGUCAUCAUGUGCUUUUUAUUCCUUCCACAGUGAUUAUUAUUGUAAAAUGGUAAUUGUUAUGAUGACAGAUGAUUUUAAUGGUGUGUAUUAUUGUGAGUUUUGUCUCAGGAUGAUGACUGUCAGAAAGAGGAAGUCUGCCAUUUGAUCUAAGCCACCAUACUUGUACCACUAUAAAUUAAGGCGUUGUUCGCCAUCUUAAACCUUCUAAUGUAUAUUCGGCUAUUUAUAUUUGUAUGUAAUUAAAAAAAAUUACUGUGA